AUGCCACCAAGAAAAGGACAGAAAAAUCGCUUCCCUUUGAAUGAAUAUAUAGAGAUUAAACGGAACCAAGAUGCUCUUCUUGUGUCUGCCCUUGCCCGUGAUAAAGAGUUUACGAAAAAGGCAAGGAAAUUAAAGCGCCUCGAGUCAAAGGUAAACAACAUCGAAUAUCAAAUACUUGAAUCUCCUGAACUUGCACGCAUACAUCUUCAAUUGUUGUUAAGAGAAAUAAAAUAUAAAUCAGAAGGCAGUUAAAUUGCCUUUUACCUCUAAAUACGUUGAAAUGAGCAAAUAUUUUGGAAAUUUCCACGAAAUGACUCGUUUUCCUUUGAUUUCAGUUAAACUCGGCUAAUACUGUUGUGUUUUAGGCAAAAUUGGUGAAUGAGGAUAACAAAAAUGUGAAAGAAAAGGUCAGUACCUUCAAUUCAUGUGUACUCUUUUGAAUAUUAUAUUCUUGGAGAAAGCUAUCUCAUUCCAUGCGAACAGUUUAUCAAUAGAGUAAUUUAUGAUUUACUCUGGCUGUGAAGUUAUGCAUUGAAAUAAAACUGAAGAUUUGCAUGGUCAAAAUUUUUUGUCUUCCUCAGAUCUCUGUUACAGACAACAUUGUCGACAGAAGGACCCGCUCUCCAACAAUUUUGGGAGAUGAAGGGAAGAUCUCUGGCCCUGGCCGUAGUGCUAGACGAAGGAGGCUACAGACAUUAAAUGCUGCAAAAAUGUUGCAUGGAGCCACUGCUGAGAAUAUGACACCAGCUUAUGCAGGUCUCAUAGCAGUUUUGAAUGAAAGUGCUCCAGUGUCAGUAUUGAGUGAUGCAAUAAUAAAAUGUGCUAAGUUCACAAAGAAAGUCAUUCCUAAAAUUGUGAAACAGAAGAUUAAUAUUUUUGAGAAAAGCCAAACAAAUUUUAUUAGAAGUGUAAAUAUUUUGUACAGGGGUGGCAUUACAAGCAAGCAGAAGUAUAAUUCAAUAAGGUCAUCAUUAACAAUGGGCUUAGAUGAUGCUGGGGUUAAAAGGAAGCAUAUUGAAUUCAUGAGCAACAUUCCAGUACCAAAACUUCUUUCUUAUAAAGAGGUACUUAAAAAAAUUAAUGAAAUAGACAUAGGUGAUUUACAUGAUGUAGGGGAAACCCUUUGCAAAGGGCUCAAGGAAGAAGAUAUGGUUGAUGGGAAGUACAGGGACCUUUUAAAGCUAUUGUUGAAAAUGGCACAGUUUUAUCUCAGUGCCAACAAUUACAGGAAGGAUAAGCUUAACUGGUUUGGGAAGCAAGAGGGAACUUUUAAAGUUGCCAUAGGGGGUGAUGGUGCACCCUUUGGAAAGGAUGACCAAGCAUUGGCUUGGUUAGUUAGUUUCCUAAACUGUGGUCAGCGUGUGUGUAGCUCUGCAGAGAACUUUCUCUUAAUUGGGGCCAAUUGCUCUGAAGACUGUGAGCCUGUUCGCAGAUAUGUGGUUCUGCUUGAAAGGCAAAUGACUGAAAUUGAGGGGAAAAUGUUUUUAGUAGAAAUUGAUGGUAAGGAGAAGUUUGUGUCCUUUCAAUUUGAACUGUUACCAAAUGACAUGAAAUAUUUGGCUUUUCUAGGAGGAGAACUAAGUAUAUCUGCCUCUUAUUUUUCUCCAUUUGCAGACAUUAACAAAAAAGACAUUGCCAACACUCAAGAAAAUUUUGGUUCAAAACCACAAGACAAAUGGCAUCCAUGGAAAUAUAGUCAAAGACUUAGAGUGGCAGCUGCUGUGAAAGAGAAGAAAGAAGAGGUAAGUAAAACAACUCUGAAACCAGCCACAAAGCGUGAGAAAAUAACAUCUUUCAUCUCACAGAAAAAAUCCAGGCAAGAGUUUCUUCCUUUGGUUGGUAAAUUUAUUGAUAGGGCCAAAGCAGAACCCCUUCAUUUGAAGAAUAAUGCUUGGCAACAAUGGAAUUCAUCUAUCUUGAUGUAUUCUUUGUCACGCAGUCAUCUUGGUGAAUGUGAGUCUAUUUCAGAUGUUUCUCCGAACAGCUGUUUUGGUAAGUAUUAUCAUACCAUUAGAUUCAAUGUGAAAGCAACACGCUUGGCAAAAAAGAUCAGGAAGUGGUUUGCAGGUGACAGAACAAAGAAUAAACCCUUGGAAUAUCGCUUUACAGGUAAAGAGUCGCGUCUUUUUUGUCACAAUUUCAUGUAUAUCGUUGAAAGUCUGAAAACUGAUGAGGAUCAGAAUGUUCACACUUUCAAGUUACAUGUUUUUGCCUACACAGGAUUGAAUCUAAGAGAUUCAGUCUCCCUUUUUAGUAGGAUCUCAAUGUCAAGUGAGCAGGUUCAAAGUCUCAGUCAAGUUUGUUCCAACUAUUUCAGAGCUACUGCACUCUUUUUAAAGAGUACCCCUACUUCCUGGACAAUUGGCCAUGUAGUGCCAGUUCAUGCCCAGCAACUCCAGGAAACAUUAGGUUUGGGCUUGGGAAUAAACACAAUGGAGGGAAGGGAGGCAAAGCAUGUUACUCUUGCCAAAUUUACCAACAAUGCCCAGUAUAACAACAGAUGGAGUCAGGUUUUUAAGCAUGAGUACAUUUCAUUAUUCUGGUUACGAGAAAAUGGGUGUGAUGAAACUGUGUACAAACACACUUCAAAUGUGUAUAUACCUAAGAGGUGUUUCACCCAUGACUUUUGUUACUGUGGUCUCCCCAAAGAUGGUAAUGUAGAGAAGUGUAGUUUUUGUUCCCAGCACUUUCAAAAAUUAGUUUCAGACUGUGUUCUUCAAGGGAAAACCACACUUGAAGCUAAAGAGGCAAUUAAAUAA